AGCGUGCUGCAUACCAUUUCACAAGUCUUAGUGCCACACACCAAAAAAAAAAAUCCAAAUUGACAUUAUGGCAAUGGAGGUGGCCCCCCAACACAACUGGGCAGAGAUGGCGGAGGAGACGGUGGAGGAGGCACUCAUCAUACGUGGGGCUCGACGCUCUGCCAACGUUGAUGGUGGUGGUGUUAAUGAAGAUAAAGUAUCCUCUAGCAGUGAUGAGGAAGAGGAGGCUAGCAAGGACAAGACUAAAAAUAGCAUCUACUUUAAUGAAGUAAUUGUUCUCAAUGGUGAAAGUCAUGGUAAUGGAGAUACUAUUUCUGGUCCACCUUCACUAGGACACGAUGAGUCAGAAAAUCCCAAGGGUGAAAUAAUUUCUGAUGUAUGUAAGCCACUUUUAUAUGGACAAAAUGAUAGGGAAAAUCCCAAGGGUGAAAUUCUUGCACAAGCAACUACUUCUUCAAUCAGCAAAGGAAGUGGAAAUGAAACAAUCAUUGAAGAACAAGUUGAGGAAGAAACUGUUGAGUUGGAGUUUUUUGACACAACAUCAGUUGAUAAGCUAAAACACACACAUAAUGCAUACUGUCCCAAGUGCAAUUCUCAUAUAACUAAAGUUGUCCUUCGAAGGGUAAAACGAGAAAGAAGGAUUAUAAUUGAAACUCAUGGCCAAAAAUCUGAGCUACUUGGAUGCCUCUCAUGCUUCAGUGUUUUCGUACGUAUAGGAAAGAAGCUCAAUCCAUUCCCGAUAUUUGGAAAUGGAGGAGGAACUAUUAGUACAGAACCACAUCUCCCUAACAUAAAUGAAGGUGGCUUCAUUCCAGGGAUAAUGCCUCCCAAGAAAUCACCAACUGAAAUUAUAGAGGAUAAAGGAGAUGAUUGCCGAAUUCCUAUAUUGGAAGACCCAAGAGCUUCUCCAUCAACGGUGAAUCCCAGCUACCCACGAAGACCAGUUGAAGUUAAAGAUUCCAGAUCACUGGAGAUCGUAAAAUGCAUAGUAUAUGGAGGUUUAAUUGAAGCAAUCACAAGCUUGGGUAUUGUAUCCUCUGCAGCUGCAUCUGAUGCUGACACAAUGAAGAUUGUUACUAUUGGAGUGGCGAAUUUGAUAGGUGGACUUUUUGUCAUUUGUCAAAAUUUGGUGGACUUGAAAUAUAGUGUUGGAGGAGGUUCCAAUUACCAAGUAGAUCGAUAUGGAGAACUACUUGGCCAAAGAAAACAUUUCCCCCUUCAUGCUACUUUUGCAAUUUUGUCAUAUUUUGUGUUUGGACUUAUCCCCCCUGUAAUAUAUGGCUUCACAUUUCGGAAGAGUGAUGACAGGGACUACAAGCUUAUAGCAGUUGCCGUGGCUUCUCUACUGUGUGUUAUCAUACUUGCUGCUGCAAAGGCCUAUACACAAGCAGCAAAUAAGUUCAGUAAAUACUUCAAGACUAUUUUGUCUUAUGUUAUAGCUGCAGGUAUGGUAUCCGGUGUUGGUUAUGCAGCAGGUCAUUUGAUUAAGAGGCUCAUGGAUGACAUGGGAUGGUUUGACUCAAAGCCGAUUUCACAAAAUCCAGUCUGGGCAUCCUAUUGACAUCUUCUCUGUGUUGUUAAAUCCUGAAUUCCUUCUUCGGCGAGCUUUAGAACCUCUGAGAAUUUGGUUUAAAUGAGUUUUUGUAUUCUUUGUUCCUAUGUGAUAUUCUGGUGGAUGUUUUUGUAGCCUCCACUUGUGGUAUUCAACUUGGUCUCAAUUUUCCUGGGAUUGUUCCCUGUUAUAAUAUUUACUAGUUUCCGA